AUGGUAAAGACAGGAAAUGAUACCCCUAAUCAUGCUCAUAUUUGCCGCGAGGCAACACAAGAAUGGAACAAAAUUAAAGCUAAAAGUGCAGAAGAAAUCAACGAUAUAAUUAAGAAACAUUUAACUAUACCAUUCAAUCUAUAUAAUAUACAAACAAUGAAAUCAAGAUAUUUUGUGCCUGAAGAAAGCUCAACAUCUUUUCUUUCUACUAUCAACUCAGUAGAACCUAUAUCUGAAAUCCCAAUAAAUGCAGCAGCACAAAAAAGUGUGACAAAUAAAAUUGAAAUAGCUGAAAAAAAAACUCUUAGAACUUAA